GCGCGUGUGUGUGUGUGUGUGUGCGCGUGUAAGCGCGAGCGCGGCAACGCACGACUCGAGCUUGCGGAAUAACCUAAAUCUAGAUCAUCUAUAAACGUUCGUCCGUCCAUUUGUGCUUUCGUUCGUUCGUUCGUUCGUUUGUUGGUUGAUUGAUUGGUUGGUUGGUUAGGUUAGAUUACAUACGCUUUGCGUCCUAUGACACUGUCAACCAUGAGUUCUCGUUGACUUUCUCUGGAAUAUAGCCGAAUUUGCGCGAACGGCGCAAUCUUUUGUCGAUUAUAAUUCAUAUCAUGGCUCUACGUCGUGGAAAACGUAAUCUGAAACUGCAGGUCUCAGAAGAAAUACCUGUACCAGUGACACCACCAAGAAAUUUAGACAAGCGAACUACCAUUACUAUAGAAGAAAAGACGUUUGAAGUAGAAGCUGAUGAUUUAGAAACACUUUGCGUACUUGGUCGUGGAGCGUAUGGGAUCGUUGAUAAAAUGCGGCAUAAACAGAGUGGCACAAUUAUGGCUGUUAAGAGGAUAGCUGCUACUGUUAAUACACAAGAGCAAAAGCGGCUGCUUAUGGAUUUAGAUAUUUCCAUGCGUAGUUCGGCGUGUUCCUAUACAGUACAAUUCUAUGGAGCCUUAUUUCGAGAAGGAGAUGUAUGGAUAUGUAUGGAGGUGAUGGAUAUGAGUCUUGACAAAUUUUAUACAAAAGUGUACAAACAUGGUUGUACCAUUCCUGAAGAUAUUUUAGGAAAAGUGGCUUUUGCGGUAGUAAGCGCAUUACAUUAUCUCUAUUCGCAAUUACGUGUGAUUCAUAGAGAUGUGAAACCUAGUAAUAUCUUAAUUAAUCGGAAAGGCGAGGUAAAAAUUUGUGACUUUGGGAUAUCGGGUUACCUUGUAGAUUCAGUUGCUAAAACCAUCGAUGCCGGAUGUAAACCGUAUAUGGCUCCAGAAAGGAUAGAUCCAUCAGGUAACCCAUCGCAAUACGAUAUCAGAUCUGAUGUCUGGUCGUUAGGAAUUUCUCUCAUUGAAUUAGCAACUGGAAAAUUUCCGUAUGAAUCAUGGGGUACGCCAUUCGAACAACUGAAACAAGUGGUGAAGGACGAUGCCCCGAAAUUACCUGCUGGCAAGUUCUCUUCUUCGUUCGAGGAAUUUAUUAACAAGUGUUUGAUGAAGAACUACACUGCCCGUCCAAAUUACAGUCAAUUGCUGGAAUUUGAUUUUGUCAGAGAAUAUGCCCAAAAAGAUGCAAAUGUGGCCGAAUUUGUUGAAGAGAUUUUAGACUUGCCGGAAAACGAGCAACCGAUAUAGUGUAUAUGUCACUUUGAUGUACCUUGCAAUAUAAUUUGACCUGUAACUUGUAUUUUUGCAAGACAGUCACGUGACGCAUUGUCAUAUGUAAUUUAUAUUUACGGAUCGCGUUUAUAAUAUCAUUGUGUAUCGAGACAUAAACUCACACUAAAAAAUUAAUAUUCCUUUAUUCAUUAUCCUCUUCAUUUAUUUUAAUAAUUGCAUCUGAUACCAUUCAGCCUUUAUAAGUUUAGCAUGAAAAUAAUUGACCCUACUUCUCAAUUUUAAUUGUUCUAUCUUUUAGAACAUCAAAGUAAAUAAAGAAUUAGAAAAAUCUUAAUAUUUGAUUGAUAUAUAGUAUGUGCGCAUCUUUAAAAACACAAGUUACAAGAAUUUAUUCUAACAUUAGAUUGUAUAUAAUUAUAUGUGCAUAAUCAAAAUUGUAGUUUUCCAGAAAAGUUUUAUUUAGUGAUGACUUGUAUCAAUUACGUUAAUAGAAAUUAAAUUUUGUGAAUAUGUACACAACUUUAUGUAUAUGAAAUCAGUUUUGUAUGUCAUAUAUGCAUACAUAUAUUGAUUUUAUGUAUAUAUAAUAAAUCUCUUGUAAAAAUCCUUGUUUUCCCUUUCUAUACUUAGUGCUAUAAUAUAAUAAAAAAUAUACCCAAGUAAACUAAAUAGUAUGAUAAAUUUAUUGACGAGUCAUUUGAUCUUUGAGUGUAAUGUGUAUUGAAAUAAAUUCUUUUACAAAGUCA